AUGGAUGCUAAGGGUUCAUUCCUCAUCAUGGUCUCCUUGCUGUUUUUUCUCGGCUUCCAGCAUCCGGCGGCUCACCCCAUCCAUAACCUCAGCCCGGCUGAAGAGCUAGCAAACAUGGAGGUUCUCCUGGAGAGGUUGGAGGAGAAAGUGGCCUUGAUGGAGGACUUACAGGGCAACCCCGAAGACUCUGACACCCAGGGGGAGCGCCAGGCCGAAGAGGACCUGAACGAUCAGCCCUUAGCCGAUGAUUUCCCCGUCUUCUCCGACCGAACGGCUCUGCUGAAACACAUGAGGGGGAUUCAGGCAGCCAAAAGCAUGAGGGAAUCGAGCUGCUUCGGACGACGGUUGGACCGGAUCGGAUCCGUCAGUGGGAUGGGAUGCAAAGUGGAGCCAAAAGGCCACCCAAGAACAUUGAACCCAACAGCCCAGACCGUCCGGAACCUGCAGUACCUUCCGCAGACACCAAACUCCCAGGGAUCCAACAAGAUCUUCUGCAACGGAUUGAAAGUAAAGUGGCGUUGGCAGAAAAGGAAGAAACUGAACGAGAUCCGGGUGACGCCAACGAGGAACCGGCGGGCGAUGCCACCCAGCUCCUCUCGUCCUGGGAAGGCGAAUACUCAAGACCCCCAAGUGACGGCACCAACUGGCAACCUCCCGAAAGAGCCCCAGCAGCAGCCGUGCGGAACAAACUGA